AUGCUGAGAGGAAGGCGUCUGUCUGCACUAUCUCCACAGAGGAGUGCUGCGUGCCAUGGGUCCUGUAUGCACCGUGUCCGCAGGAGCUUGAAAGCAGUGUUGUCAGAGUGAUUCCUGGGCACCGGGACAUUUGAGGACGUCUGCACCACCCACUGACUGGGGGACCCAGCAAACCCCAGGGGGGCUGAAGAGCAGAAUGAGAGUUGCCAGUUCGAAUCCUUCUGCUCUGCGCUGUGGGUCCUGAGUUCAGCCUUCAGAAGUCUGACCAGGCCUCGUCACAGGCCACCUGCUCCCCCCAGGGGCCCUGGCCUCCGCUCCCCCAGGUUCAAGCUGCCCCUUCUCAGCUGAUCUUCCCAAACUGCCUGCAUUCACCCUGCUGCCUCCCAAGACCAAGGCUGUGUCAAGAUGGCGUCCGUGUUUCGCAGUGAGGAGAUGUGUUUGUCCCAGCUGUUUCUCCAGGUGGAGGCUGCAUAUUGCUGUGUGGCUGAGCUUGGGGAGCUUGGACUGGUUCAGUUCAAAGAUUUAAAUGUGAAUGUGAACAGCUUCCAAAGAAAAUUUGUGAAUGAAGUCAGAAGGUGUGAGUCGCUGGAGAGAAUUCUCCGUUUUCUGGAAGAUGAGAUGCAAAAUGAGAUCACAGUUCAAUUGCCAGAGAAAGCCCCACCAACCCCUCUCCCACGGGAAAUGAUUACCCUGGAGACUCUUCUAGAAAAACUGGAAGGAGAAUUACAGGAAGCCAACCAGAACCAGCAGGCUUUAAAGAAAAGCUUCCUAGAACUGACCGAACUCAAACAUCUCCUGAAGAAAACCCAGGACUUCUUCGAGACCGAAACCAGCCUAGCUGAUGAUUUCUUUACGGAGGAUACCUCUGGCCUCCUGGAAUUGAGAGCCACGCCUGCAUAUGUGACUGGAAAGCUGGGGUUCACGGCCGGUGUGAUCAACAGGGAGAGGAUGGCUUCCUUUGAGAGGCUGCUGUGGAGAGUCUGCCGAGGGAACAUCUACCUGAAGUUCAGUGAGAUGGACGUGACUCUGGAGGAUCCCGUCACGAAAGAAGAAAUUAAGAAGAAUAUUUUCAUCAUAUUUUAUCAAGGAGAGCAACUCAGACAGAAAAUCAAGAAGAUCUGUGAUGGGUUUCGAGCCAUCAUAUAUCCCUGCCCGGAGCCCGCAGCGGAGCGCAGAGAGAUGCUGGCCGGCAUCAAUGUGAAGCUGGAAGAUUUAAUCACCGUCAUCACACAAACAGAGUCUCACCGUCAGCGCCUCCUCCAAGAAGCAGCUGCCAACUGGCACUCCUGGGUCAUUAAAGUGCAGAAGAUGAAAGCUAUUUACCACAUCCUGAACAUGUGCAACAUUGACGUCACCCAGCAGUGCGUCAUUGCUGAAAUCUGGUUCCCGGUGGCAGACACUGGGCGCAUCAAGAGGGCAUUAGAGCAAGGCAUGGAACUAAGUGGCUCCUCCAUGGUCCCCAUCCUGACUGCAGUGCAGUCUAAAACAUCUCCUCCCACAUUUAACAGGACCAAUAAAUUCACAGCUGGCUUCCAGAAUAUUGUAGAUGCAUAUGGUGUGGGCAGUUACCGGGAAAUAAACCCAGCUCCCUAUACCAUCAUCACAUUCCCCUUCCUCUUCGCUGUGAUGUUUGGAGACUGUGGUCAUGGGAUCAUCAUGCUCCUGGCAGCCCUUUGGAUGGUCCUUAAUGAGAGACGCUUGCUCUCCCAGAAGACCAACAACGAGAUCUGGAACACCUUCUUCCACGGACGCUAUCUGAUUCUCCUUAUGGGCAUCUUCUCCAUCUACACGGGCUUGAUUUACAAUGACUGCUUCUCCAAGUCUUUCAACAUCUUUGGCUCUUCUUGGAGUGUCCGACCGAUGUUCAGAAAUGGCACAUGGAAUGCACAUGUAAUGGAAACAAAUCCAUAUUUACAGCUGGACCCAGCCAUUCCAGGAGUGUACUCUGGAAAUCCAUACCCAUUUGGGAUUGAUCCGAUUUGGAACUUGGCUUCAAACAAACUAACGUUUUUGAACUCCUACAAGAUGAAGAUGUCAGUUAUCCUGGGAAUUGUCCAGAUGGUUUUCGGUGUUGUUCUCAGCCUUUUCAAUCAUGUAUACUUCGGAAGAACUCUCAACAUCGUUCUGCAGUUUAUUCCCGAGAUGAUUUUCAUCCUGUGUCUGUUUGGAUACUUGGUCUUCAUGAUCAUUUUCAAGUGGUGCCGCUUUGAUGUGCACAUGUCCUGGCACGCCCCAAGCAUCCUCAUCCACUUCAUCAACAUGUUUCUGUUUAACUAUGACGACCCUUCCAAUGCACCCCUGUACAGACAUCAGCAAGAAGUCCAAAGUUUCUUUGUUAUCAUGGCUUUGAUUUCUGUGCCUUGGAUGCUUCUGAUUAAGCCGUUUAUUCUUAGAGCCAAUCAUCAAAAAUCCCUGCUGCAGGCAUCCAUGAUCCAAGAAGAUGCCACCGAGGACAUUGAAGGUGACAACUCCAGCCCUUCCAUGAGCACAGGUCAGAGGGCUUCUGCAGGUGGCCACGGGGCUCAGGAUGACCAUGAAGAAGAGUUCAACUUUGGAGACAUCUUUGUGCAUCAAGCCAUCCACACGAUCGAGUACUGCCUGGGCUGCAUUUCAAACACAGCCUCUUACCUCCGGCUCUGGGCCCUCAGCCUGGCUCAUGCACAAUUGUCUGAAGUGCUCUGGACCAUGGUGAUGAACAUUGGCCUUCGCGUGCGAGGCUGGGGAGGACUCAUUGGAGUCUUUAUCAUUUUUGCCAUAUUUGCUGUUUUGACGGUAGCCAUCCUUCUGAUCAUGGAGGGUCUCUCUGCGUUCCUGCACGCCCUGCGACUACACUGGGUGGAGUUCCAGAACAAGUUCUAUGUCGGGGCCGGUUACAAGUUUUCUCCUUUCUCCUUUAAAUACAUCCUGGAAGGGACAUCGGAGGAAUAGCGGCAGGUCCCGUGGCUGCCGCAUGUUCUGCCUCAGUCUCUGUGCCUGUGAAAGAAGUUCAGCUUUGUCUUCGAUGUCAGCCUGUGCUAGGCGGUCAAUGGAUGAUUGUUCUUAGCUACCUGGAGACAGGAAGCCGUGUAUAUUUUACUUAUAAGCCUUGGAAUUUGAUACGACUUAACCAUGUCACAGAGGAACCGACCUCAUGUGGGGUCGUCAUUGUCAAAAACUGAAAUGACUGAGAAACGGGGAGCGCUACACUGAUGUUUUCCUGCAAUAUUGUGAGUAUUAUAUGCAAGAAAAUAAACUUCUGGGCCAUUUCCUUGUUCUUUAA